CGUGUUUCCAUACUAUGGAAUCCUACUCAGCAAUAAAAAUAACAUGGAUGCAACAUGGAUGCAUCCAUGCAACAACAUGGAUGAGUCCUGAAAGCUUUAUGCUAUGUGUAAAAAGGACACACAUGGAGACAGGUGGUAUGAUUUCAUUUAUUUGACAUCCUGGAACAGGAGAAACUAUAGGAACAGAAAGGAGAUCUGGUUACCAUGGUCUGAAUGUUGGGAAAAAUUUGGCUACAAAGGGUUAGGGUAUAUUCUGGAUUGAGGGAGCUGUUUUGUAUCUUGAUUGUGGUACUGGUUAUAGGACUACAUGACAAAAAAGUCUUAAAAGAUGACCUUUAUUCUAUGUAAAUUGUGCCAAAAUGAAAAGAAAACUCAAUGGAAGGAAAAAAUACCGAAGGAUAAAAGUGUGAUUAUUCAGAUUUAAACCAUUAUAUAAUUGAGAGCAGAACAGUUUCUAGAUGUGGGUGUGUCCAAUUUCGGCAGCUUAGGCAGAUGCUUAAGUGUAGAGAUAAUGCACAACUUUUCUCUCCACAGACCAAGAGUACUUCCACAUGCAGUACAAGAAUUCUACCCUCAAAACUGGUACACCCUUUCUUAUGCUCAAGGUUAAAAGAUGUUAGGCUGAGAACUUGAAAGAAACCAAGCAUACAGUUUGCAGGAAUCUAAAUGAUUCUAUCCCUUCAUUCUAACACAUUUGCAUUUUGAAAUCACUGGCUGGAUAUUUGUGUGAUCUUAGAAGAACAAACACAGGGGUUUAGUAGUGAGGGGUGGUGUGGGUCAGAGAGGAAUAGAGUGCCGAAAUGUGAGGUACAAGCAGGCUACUCCUUAAUCUUUUUCAGUCAAAUAUUUCUGAGGGGGCUGAAGCUGUUGCUCUUGUAACCUAUCCAUAAAGUCGUUCUUUUGCUGGGAAAUUUCCUCAAUUUACGUGGUCCUUGUAUAUUCCUAGAAUUCCACCUUAAAACAAGCUAGAUGUACUUAUGGCCAAUUUCUCAGCGUGGAAAACUUUUGCUUAAGCAAUGACACACUGAAGUUGGAUCCUACUCAUCCACAUCUGGAAGCCACAUGUCAGCGGCAGCUAUAUAAAAAUCAGCUCAGCAACUCAGGGUGACAUUUUGUGCCAAAAGCCAGACAGUAUGGACCUAACUCUUCUAUGGGUACUUCUGCCACUGGUCACUGUGGUCUGGGGCCAGUAUGGUGACUAUGGGUACCCAUACCAACAAUACCAAGACUACAGUGAUGAUGGCUGGGUGAAUCUGAACCGGCAAGGCUUUAGCUACCAGUGUCCCCAUGGGCAGGUGGUGAUGGCCGUGAGGAGCAUCUUCAACAAAAAGGAAGGCUCUGACAGACAAUGGAACUAUGCCUGCCUGCCCACACCCCAGAGCCUUGGGGAGCCCACGGAGUGCUGGUGGGAGGAGAUCAACAGGGCUGGCAUGGAAUGGUACCAGACCUGCUCCAACAAUGGACUGGUGGCUGGGUUCCAGAGUCGCUACUUUGAGUCAGUGCUGGAUCGAGAGUGGCAAUUUUUUUGUUGUCGCUAUAGCAAGAGAUGCCCUUACUCCUGCUGGCUAACAACAGAAUAUCCAGGCCACUAUGGGGAGGAAAUAGACAUGAUGUCCUACAACUAUGAUUACUACAUUAGAGGAGCAACAACCACUUUCUCUGCAGUGGAAAGGGAUCGCCAGUGGAAGUUCAUAAUGUGCCGGAUGACUGAUUAUGACUGCGAAUUUGAAAAUGUUUAGAUUUGUCGACAACCAAAUCUCGGUGAAGGGAAAGAGGCCAGGAGCCCUGAGGGUAUCACAUGUGUUAACAUCAGUUGGAACUCCUAUGGCUCUUUCUACUGCUGUCUUUUCUUCUCCCUAAGCCAGGAGCUGCCAUGCUAGCUGCUUGGGCCUUUCUGACAAGUGUCACACUUAUAAUUACAUCACAGUUAAGUCACAUUUCUCACUUUCAACACAUUUCAUAGCACCAUCUCAGAUGAUUGGUGUGGUUUUCUUACAUACCACAUAUAGAGUGCAUGUUUACACCCUGCCUCCUGGCAUACCUCCACAGCAUUGCUACUGCUUUUACUAUAAAAUGAGCUCCACGUUUAGCAUAAAGAAUUUGGAGGGAAGGAGGGGCAGAGCUUGAGAAGGGGUGCAAUAAAGGUUUUCUACAGCUAAAUCUAUUUCAAUGACACCUAGGAUCCUCCCUGAGAACAUUCCUUUUGCCUUGAGGGGACAGGUACCUACUCUCCCCCUCCACAGAAGCCAUGCAUCUUUAGAAAUCCAGGUGCAGAGCUCCAUGCUCCAGGAUGAGGGGACUGGCAGGUGAGAUGGAGGUGUGGAAGGGUUUGAAGGCUGAGCUAAAAGACUUCAAGUUGGAAGAAUUUCCCAAAUUCAAAGAGGCAUGUUAGCAUAUCCAGUAAUGAACAUGAGUGCAGGGAAAAAGGGGAACCUGUCAGAAUCAGUCUCAAGUAAGAUUAAAAACAAUAAGAGAAAGGUCAGAGAAUGGGACUCAGAUUGGGAAGUUGGGGAGAUGAGAGUAGCCAGGUUGCUUUGGAAAAUGGAAAAGGGGUUUUGAGUCACCUGCUGCUCAAGGCAUGUCUAGGAUUCGUGGAAAGGCUGGCAUAUACCCUCAAGCCCUGGAGAGCUGCUGGCAAGGUUGCAUGGAUGGGUCCUGAUUUUCUGAGUGGGAAAGGCUGCCAAAAGGAUCCACUUCCUUUCUAUGUGUAGCUUGGAGGUGUCUUCUGCAAAGGUGGCACUGUCUUUCUUCCUCCUAUGAAAUCUCUGUCCCCAGCCCUUUGUAUUCCUUUCCUCAUAAAACAAAUAAAAAUAUUAAAUUCACUAUACUACAAAUAUCAAG